UGUGAUAAACUGGCAAAAGAAAGCAGCUAAUUUCACACAAGUACUCUUAAUGAGCUUUUUAUUUAUAUUGUGCCGCUUCUUGCAUAAUGCGAUUAUGGAGACACAGUUAGAAGCUUUUUCAUUGACUAUUUAACACGUGCGCACGUGUGUGGGUAGUUAGCUAUUUUAUCUUAUUUCAUAUGAUAAUUUUUUUUGUAUGAUUCCAUUUUUGUUGGAACAUUUUCCAGUUCUUGCACAGCAUUGCAUGUCACAACAAUACCCUACCAUGGGGCCAAAGAAAGUUGCAAAUUUCAGCACUUUGAUAACGAAGAUGAGAAACACGACAUCCAUUCGUCACUUGGAAUUAUUUUACAUUGUUUUCUGCAAGCACAGUAAUUCCUCGUUUAUUGCGGUGAAUUGGUUCCAGACCCGACCGUGAUAAGUGAAUUUCCAUGAAGUAGGAUUCCUUACAUAUUUCUAAAUUCAAUAUUUUCAUAGUUGGAGCAUAGAAAACCUUCAAAAUAUGGCUUUUAACAUUAUUAGAGCCCUCUAGACAUUAAAUAACACCCCUAUAGUCACCUUUACAUGUGUAUUACCCAGUAUAACAGACAUAACAGAAAAUAAGCCAUUAAAGACAUAAAUGACAUAAUAACUCGUGUGUGUUGCUGUCAGUGUGUUCCGGUGCUAGGGGUCAGAACGGGGUGGCGGACAGGAAGUUAACUUGGCAUGGGCUACGGCUGCAACAGGAGCCCGUGUUAGGGAUUAUUGUGCCUGCUUUGAGCGUCGUUGCUGCAGGAUGAAAAAGAAACUUAUACUUGAUGUGGACACGGGUGUGGACGACGCUCAGGCCAUUAUAAUGGCCCUGGCAGCACCCGAUGUGGAGAUAUUGGGCAUCACCUGCUGCCACGGUAACACCCCCUUGGAGAACGUCCUGAAGAACACCCUGCGGGUUCUGAAAGUCUGCAACAGACUGGAUAUUCCAGUGUACGCGGGAUGCUCCCAGCCUUUGCUGUCCGACACUAAAAAUGCCAGCGAUUACCACGGAAAAGACGGGCUGGGGGACGUGCCUGAUCCAGAUGCUCCGGGAUUGGAAAUGGUGCAGAAGAAAAAAGGUGUCCAGGCCUUGUUGAAAAUGAUCAGACAAAACCAGGGGGAGGUGACUCUGGUGGCCACAGCGCCUCUGACCAACCUUGCAGUGGCAGUGCAGCUGGACCCUUCCCUUCCCAAGAAGCUCAAGGCUCUCUACAUCAUGGGGGGCAACAUUGAGUCCAGGGGGAACACCACCACGUGCGGGGAGUUUAACUUUGUGUCCGACACGGAGGCCGCCUACGUGGUGUUGGAACGCUACACCUGCCCCACCUACAUCGCCUCCUGGGAGUUCAGCUGCAGGAACAGCCUGCCAUGGUCUUUUUGUGACAAGUGGCUUGCAGUCAAGACUGAGAAAUCUGCCUUCAUGAAGACCAUUUCAAGCCUGUCCAUGAAGAAAGCUCAGUCAGCAGAAUAUGAGAAAGAAAUCACAGCAGGAAAGGGCUUCAAUUCUUGCGACAGCUACGCUGUGGCCGCUGCCAUUGAUGACACGCUCAUCACAGAGAGUGAGGAGGUGGCAGUGACAGUGGAGUUAGAAGGGGCCUGCACCCGAGGCAUGAUGGUGUUGGACUACAUGGACAUGUUGAAGAAGAAACAUAAAGCCAUCAUCAUGAAGAAAGUCGACCUGGAGAAGUUCAAGCAGAUGCUUGUCAAGUCACUGAUGUAGGACGCAGACAGUGCACUGCAGCUCAG